UAUCAAUCACGUGACCGUAGAAAAAUGUCGUAGCUGUCGUAGCUGAUACAGAAAGUUUUGGUGCUAUUUUUUCAUCGCAUGAAAGAUUUGUACAUGCCCAGAGAUGGGUACGGGUGCGAGCACUGCAGAGGGGAUGCCCCUCAGUCCGCGCGUGGAAUAUGCGGAACAACAGGGGAAGAAAACUAACCAGACAAUUUUGAUUGACAACCCCAAACUGGCGGACCUUGGACAUGGAAGCGUACGAUAUCGACGACCACGCAAUGGCACGAAUACAGAGAGCAGUCUUCCUUCGGGCAGCUCAACCAGCAAACCGGUCAAACGGCUCAAGGAGGGAUACUUCUAUCACCCACAGUUUAAGGACUACAGCGCAGAUGCUAUUCUAGACCCCAAAGAUGCCUUCAAGUUGCAGCACGUUUGCCGGGGCCCUGCGAGGGCGCGUGGGAAGAAACUGUUCUACGUCUACGGCAUCGGGAAGGAUGCGAAGGACCCAGGGUUGCAGCGACACGGCCAGAAACCGCAGGGCAGGGGAUAUCAGUGGCCACAGGAGUACAGGAAUCCCAGUCACGCUUACUUUGAGCUGACCUUUGUUGACCAGGAUGAUGCUGACAAUUUGACGGAGAAUGAUGACGAUGAUGAUUAUGACAUCGACAGUUUGGACGACACUUCAUCUGAGAACCAGGAUUUUAUGAGGAUGAGACUGCCAGCAGGCGACUCGGUAGAAGGACUGAAGAAGAGAAUGGCCAUCAGGCUGCUGAAGCCGGUCUCCAACAUUCACAUCAGCCACAACUACACCAAACUGCA